UAAAAUGUGCAUAAACAGCGGCAUAUAUUUACAAUUCAAACCUAGUAAAAAGUGCAACACACACACACAAAUUGCUGGAAGAACGCAACAGACCAGGCAGCAUCUAUGGAGAAGUGUAAACAGUUGACAUUUCGAUCUUGUGUUGCUUUAGAUUUCCAUCAUCUGCAGAUGGUGGGCUGGUCAAGAAGCUGAUAGUUGAGGUUUUAGGUAAGAGUGAAUGGAGAGGAUGUUUUCCAUAGCAGGGGAGUCUGGGACCAGAAGGCACAGCAGAGAUGAGGAGGAAAUGCUUUCGCCUCAGGCCAAUGAAUCUGUGGCGUUUAUUGCUCCCGUUGCUUGUGGAGUCCACGUUUUUGGUAUACUUAAAGCAGAUGUUGAUAGGUUCUUGAUUAGAAAGUGUGUCAAAGGCUAUGGAGAGCAGGCAAGAGAAUGGAGAGGGAAAAUAAAUCAGCCACGAUGGAAUGGCAAAACAGACUUGAUAAGUCGAGUGGUCUGAUUCUGCUCCUACAGAUGAAGCUUACAUGUGAUAUUAAGGAGACAGAGGACCAGUAAUGGCCACCGCCCUGCUUGCACUUGACAUGACAGCCGCACGUUACCCAGGAGGAGACUGAGGAAGGCGAAUGCCACCGCCUGUUACCAGCGCAGAAGAUGGAGCCCACACAGAGAAAAGAUUGAGAGGCGAAUCUCCGCACCUGACGUAACCAUCACACAUUCUUCAGCCCAGACUGAAGGGAAAGCGUGCCAGUAGCAAAGAUGGUAGACGGCAGUGUUGGGUCCGCUGCCGGAAAUGAUUCUGUCCCCAGCGCAUGCGUAGACCACGGGUUCCGGAUGCGGCUACCGGCUCUGUGCCCACGCCGCUUGCUAAUGAUGUCCGUAGCUGCCGCCUCCGACUCGACCUGUCUCCACUCAGCCGCCGACACGGAGCCGAAGCGGCGGCGAGGUUCCGUCCGACCCACCAUUGGCACCCACGACGGCACUUUCCAUUGUGAUGAGGCUCUCGCCUGCUUCCUGCUGCGGCAACUGCCAGAGUACCAGGACGCAGAGAUUGUUCGGAGCCGGGACCCCCAGGUGCUUAAGGACUGCGAUGUCGUGGUGGAUGUGGGUGGCGUAUACGACCCAACCUUGCAUCGCUAUGACCACCAUCAGAGGUCCUUCACAGAGACCAUGUCCUCGCUGAGGCCAGGCUCGGUCCGAUGCACGAAGCUGAGCAGUGCCGGCCUGGUCUACCUGCACUUCGGGCCCCGUAUCCUGUCCCAGUGCCUGGGGCUCCAGCCCAGCGACCCUGCCCUUCCCACCUUGAUGGACAAGGUGUAUGAGAACUUUGUGGAGGAGAUUGAUGCCGUCGACAAUGGCAUCGCUCAGUAUGACGGCGAGCCUCGCUACACCGUCACCACCAACCUCAGCUGCCGGGUGUCCCACCUCAACCCCCCCUGGAAUGCAGAGAACCAGGACACCCAGGCUGCCUUUGUCCGGGCAAUGCAGCUGGUGGGCUCAGAGUUCCUGGACCGACUGACCUAUUACCACAGUUCCUGGCUCCCAGCACGGGAGCUGGUCGAGGAGGCGAUCCGCAGACGGUGUAAGGCCGACGCCAGUGGGGAGAUCGUGAUCCUGAAGCAGGGCGGGUGUCCAUGGAAGGAGCACCUUUUUGAGCUGGAGAAGGAGCUCGGCCUCAGCACACCCAUCAAGUUCAUCCUGUACACAGACCAGCGGGGCCAGUGGCGUGUGCAAUGUGUCCCAGAGACGCCCACCUCCUUCCGCAGCAGGCUCCCACUGCCAGAAGCCUGGCGGGGACUGAGGGAUGAGGAUCUGACCACGCGGAGCGGGAUUGCGGGAUGCGUGUUUGUACACGCCAAUGGCUUCAUCGGGGGCAAUACCACUCAGGAGGGAGCACUGCAAAUGGCAAGGCAGACCCUGCGCCAAGCGGCAUGAGGAGCCUGUCACCUACCCAAAGACCUGGUUACUGGGCAGAAAUAAAGCUCAUCAACUGA